AUGGAAAGCAUCGGGAGAGCAUAUCACAGCCGAUCAUGCCCAUAUUUCGCAGCAACUAAAAGGCGGAAAGAGGCGAAAGGAUGGCCUGGUCCCGUUUUCGCUAAUCAGAUGGGCUUGGGCUGGACCAAGCUGAAUGCCGUUAGAGCUUGUACCAGAUGCCGAGUAAGACAUGUGAAAUGCAGCUUAAUCCACACCGGCGGCCCCUGCACUCACUGCCGAAAACGUAAAGAGACGUGCGAAGUACUUGGAUGGAAACUAGAGCCUCAUGAGGCGAGCAAGACGAUAUACAAAUACGUGCUACCACCCCCUCAAAGGCCUUUGCAAACACCACAGAAUUCACCCCCAGAAGAUCAGCGCAAUCACUCACUGGAUCCCGUCGAGUUAUCUCAAAGAUUGGAGCAACUCAGCCCUAGAAGGCUGGCCUUACUUUGGCCAUGGGGGCCGGAUGAUCACGAACCUUUUUAUCCAAUAGGUCCUCAGUUCGGCGAGGACUAUCACGAAGAGUGCUGGGCUUAUUGCCCUCAACGCCAAUUAAAUGAAUUAGGAUUCCGCAUCACAUCCGAGACCGAAUCUAUUUCGCCAUCUUACUCAUUCGAGUUCGAAUGCCAAUCUGUUCCAAGCACGUCGACUCAGCUUCAAUUGAACGCAGAAUACAAUGGCCAGAACAAUCCUGGCCAACAGUUUGUAGGAACAUCUUGGUUCCCCGAUUCCAUGGAUCAUACACCUGUCGAUCGACCACAACACAACUUUUCGAAGAGGAUCCAAAAUCCACACCGAAUGAGCUUAAGCUUUAUCCUCAACUCAAAUGAAGCCCGAUAG